UAUCAUGUGACCAACUGGUUUAAACAGCUGAGCGAUAUAGCACUGCCGUGGUGAGUGACAAACUUGGAAUUGAUUAUUUUACUUGUCCUCUUGAAAAACGCCUUUACUGGUGUAAAAACGCUACACACUGCUGCUGCUUGAAAGCGGCUACAAUACUCUACUAUUAUCCCACAUAACAAUAAUGAGUCAGAAUGACCGUAGUAAUGUCACAGUCCAAACGAACGGCACGGUGCAGGCUGAAGAAAGGGAUAACGAGUCUACACCUUUACUGGGAAGUGCUACAGGGACACAGGAGCCCACCGGGGCCUCCUUCUCCUCCUCCGUGUUCAACCUGAUGAACGCCAUCAUGGGGAGCGGGAUUCUGGGCCUGGCCUACGCCAUGGCCAACACCGGCAUCCUGGGCUUCUGUGUGCUCCUCCUGCUGGUCUCUGGUCUCGCCUCCUACUCCAUUCACCUCCUCCUGAAGCUGUGUGAUCAGACGGCCAUCACGUCUUAUGAGGGCCUGGGUUUCCAGGCAUUUCAGAAGCCUGGUAAAAUUAUGGUUGCCAGCACCAUUGUCAUUCAGAACACUGGAGCCAUGUCAUCCUACAUGUUCAUCAUUAAGACAGAACUUCCUGCUGCCAUUUCCAGCUUCCUGAGUCCAGAGCCUUCUGGAAACCCCUGGUACCUGCAAGGUGGGGUCCUGCUGCUGCUGGUGAUGGUCUGUGUGGUGCUGCCCCUGGCAAUGCUGCCAAAGAUUGGGUUCCUGGGCUACACUAGCAGCAUUGCCUUCCUCUUCAUGCUGUUCUUCACCACCGUGGUUGUCAUCAAGAAAUGGUCUAUCCCCUGCCCCCUCCCACAGAACAACACUGUGACUGCAUCUCAGUCCAACAAUUCCACCGACCCAGAAUGCAUUCCCAAACUCUUUGUCAUUUCCAGUAAGAGUGCCUAUGCUAUCCCCACCAUGGCCUACUCCUUCCUGUGCCACACUGCUGUGCUGCCCAUCUACUGUGAAUUGCAUCGACCCACUAAGAAAAAGAUGCAGAAUGUCGCCAAUGUGGGGAUCUCACUGAGUUUCCUCCUCUAUCUGGUCUCCGCACUGUUCGGCUACCUCACCUUCUAUGGGCACGUGGACUCAGAGCUGUUGCUCGGAUACGGCCAUUACCUGCCUCGCGACGAGCUGGUGAUGUCUGUCCGUCUGGCCAUCCUGCUGGCCGUGGUGCUGACCGUACCGCUCAUCCACUUUCCCGCCAGGAAGGCAGCAUUAAUGCUAAUUCGGGGGGACCGGCCUUUCUCCUGGGUCAACCAUGUUGCGGUCACCAUUGUCCUGCUGGCUGUGGUUCUGCUGCUGGCCAUCUACGUCCCAGACAUCAGGAAUGUGUUUGGGGUGGUGGGGUCGACCACCUCCACCUGUCUCUUAUUUGUGUAUCCAGGACUCUUCUACCUCCGCAUCAGUGAAGACCCCCUCAGAUCCCCUCAGGCCAUCAGUGCUGUAGCUCUGGUGGUGUUUGGCGUCUUUGUGGGGCUUCUCAGUCUGUGUGUCAUCAUCGUCACCUGGGCACAGGGUGCCUGACCUAACCGACACUGUGGGGGGGGGCGCGAAGGAGGAGCGUCACUAUGGAAACGCACACGAGAGCACGGAAUCAACGACUAGAGGGAGGUGUCGCCAUCAAACCGGACACCUCAGAGAAGUAGGCGGGACCAGGAGUCAUUGCUGCAAAACACUAUCUGUACAUAGGCCGAGGUAAUCACCUUGGGAAUUUCUUUCUGAAGCAAGUUUACAGUUUCUGAACUUUUGCAAUUGUGUGUCUUCCCACAAUCUCAGGAUUUAAGGAACUACUAUAAUGGCUUUAAAACUGUUAAAAUCUUUACUGGUGCUAUUUUUGUCGGUGGACAAAAUAUUUUAGAAUCAGACAUGUGGUCAGAGGAAUGUAUUAUAUUGAUUGUUAUUCGAAAACCAAUAUUCUGUGCUGCACCAUUUAUUAAGUUUAUAAUCAAAAUAAUUCCUGACAAUCGCAGACCAAUGCAGUUGUGUAUAUUUUUAAUGAAUAAUGUUAGUGUCAUAUUGUUUUUAUCUAUUCUGCUGCAACAGAUGUAAUUGGAUUUCUGCUGCUGGGAAUAAUUACUUUGGAUUCCAAUUAUAAGGAUGACCAUCACUUAUGCCUUUUAGAGAAUCAUAUUUCUUUUGACAGCACCACAGUUGUUCCACAUAUUGUGGUGAAGCCAAGCACUUUUUCAAAGGAUUUCUCCUCACAAAAAAAUGCCCAUUCUUAUGUGGUCACACAUUAAUUACAUAGCAGAGCUUGAAUGUUGAUAUAGAUGAAGGUUUACAAGCACUCUAUGACUGUAUAUGUGUCCAUUUUUUAAAAUGUUUAAUGUUUAUAUAUUAUAUAUGAUCAAAGCAUGUCACCAAAGGGAAGUGGUCGUAUCACAGUCAUGUCAAAUAAAAGGGAAAAUGUUCACUUUGA